AUGGCAGGGAUUGGGACCGAGGCUGUUCCUAUUCCAGAUGUUGGCAAAGGAAAGGGACAGGAAGAGGAGGAGGAAGAUGGCGUGGGACCUUGCCUGCCAAUCACUCCGAAGAACUGCCUUCCUCUCCGGGGCAUCAGCGUCCUGGAGAAGCUCAUCAAGACCUGCCCGGUGUGGCUGCAUCUGGGUCUGGGCCGGGCAGAGGCGACCAGGAUCCUGCACCGGCAGGCGGCCGGGACGUUCCUGGUCCGCCGGGACAGCAGCUUGAAGCACCCGGUGCUCUGUGUCCACUUCCCUUCCCCAAACGAGAGCUCAUCCGCGGUGCUGGAAUACACCAUUAAAGAAGAAAAAUCGA